AUGUAUAUAUGCAAUGGUUAAGAAGACCAUAUUUCAACUGACGCGUCACAGAAUGUCCAUGUGUUUCCAUGCAUGUCUGAGUGUGUCACCCCUUUAAUGGGAAUAAUUACUAGUAAGUAAGGCCCCCUGGCUUAAAGUAACAGCAGGGCUAUUUUUUUUUUUUUCCCCAACAAAUGGAUUUCCAUGGAAAACCCGGCCCGAGAGGCUGCAGACACACAGAAAUUAUUCAGGCAGGGGGUCCUCGGCAGCAGAUUUAGAACCCAUAGCCUCCAUGGUUCAGCCACAGCACUUAUUUGGACACUUAACAGAGGUUUUCUCUGACACAACAGACGGGCAGCUGAGGGCUGUGGAUGGACAUAUUCAGAGAGAGAUGAGAGGGAAGCUGACUAGCUCAACAGACUGUCAGGGGAGCAAGGUUGGCUGUUUCUUUCUCUUAAUCCUUAAAUCUUCUGUAAUCGGGAUGAGGCGGAGAGAGCAUGUUGCCUGACUUAGGACGGCAGAGACUAUGUUGGGACUAUGUUUGCCCGGAUUGCAGGCUGAUGAGGCAUCCUCACUGGCCAGCAGGAGCGAUGGAGGGAGCGGGACGGCAUCCAGCCAGAGACAGUUUGGAAACGUUAACCUAACCAGUUUCCAACGAGAGUCCACGAGAAGAAGGGAAGUCCAAUUAAUGAGCGUGGUUUAACCUCCGAGAGCCAUUUAAAAAGAAAAAGAAAGAGAAGAGGACUUAUCCACGGAUGGUUUUAGGAUGUAGAUGGUGAGCCGCGGACCCGACAACUGGGUGUGAACGCGGGCCGGAGGGUGACCAAUGGCCUCUGCGAGUUACGACCCCCACCUGGGCGCCGGCCCGUCUGACGACUCGGUGAUCCUCCUGGAUGAUGAUUCUGACUCGGGCAGUUUGCUCUCAGACGACUCGGUGCUUCCCGACUAUGAAAGGGAUGAAAAGCACACAGAGCCGGCUAAAUCGCUGUAUGAGGCGUGCGCUAGGAACGAGCCCGCGUCCCUGCGCAGGAUCAUGGAGAGAGGGGUUACUAAAGAAGAGGCCAAUGAGCUGGACAUCAAUGGCAGGAAUGGACUGAUGUUGGCUGUGGGAAAAGGAUUCAUAGACAUUGUCACCAUGCUGCACGUAUGUCCAUUAAUAGACAUCAACCACCAAGACAAUGAUGGCAACACGGCCCUCAUGAUUGCUGCUCAGGCAGGUUUUGUCACUAUUUUAAACUACAUCCUUAACUUCUACUCUGGUGUGGAUACGGAAGUCAGAGAUCCCCGUGGCUUCACAGCUCUAAUAAAGGCCGGCCUACAGAGCCGAGAAGAGUGUGUAUCCGCCCUGUUAAUGCACGGUGCAGACAUGAAUGCCAUGGAUCUGGUCCAUGGGAGAGGUCUAAAGGACUGGAUCCUUAGGACAGGAGGCUUUGACACCCUUUACAGAAUCCGCCGCCUGCAGGCUCAGUCUGUCGCCGAGCAGUUCUGCGACAGCUACAUUCCUGAGUGGCCUGAGCUGAAGCAACUGGUGGCAAAGGCCACGGCCGUCAAAACAACCAGUCAAAAGCUGCGGCAGUGCAUUAAAGACAGUCUUUCUUUCAACUUCCCGCAUGACCCCGAAGACAAUGGGGUCUUGGACCAUAUGGUGCGGAUGACCACGGGCAUCCACAGCCCCCUGAUAGCCACCGGUUGCCGUCCGCUGUGCCCCUCGAGCCCCCCGGAGGUCGGCAAGCCGCGGUUUUCCGUGCCCGAACUGCUUGAAAAGCACAGCAGCAUCGAGCUGGAGGAGAAGGCCGUGUCCCACAGUAAAGGUUCCAUCACCGCCUCGUUUUCUCAGGCUGAAGUGUCGGCAACCUCCGUGUCUCUGACCUCGUGCUGCCAGGACACAGAGCGCGGCGAAAGCGGGGCCUCGGGAGGCAUCAGGAGCUUCAUUCCCUGCAGCGCGGCACACAGGAACAGCAUCAUCCCCUCGGGAUGCAUUCCCAAGAUUGAAAUAACAAAAUCGGGGGAGCCCACUCCAAAGAAGGAGAAAAAGAAGAAACGGCAGAAGGGCUACCUGGAGCCUCCUGUCUGGAAAUACAAGGAGGCUAAGGAGGAGAAGAAGAGAGAGAAGAAGGAGCAACAGGAAAAAGAACAGGAGAAAAAGCAGAAGGGUUCCAAACGUUCAACGGGCCAAAAAUGAAGCGUUAGUCGCAUUUCCUCAGAAGGUUUCACUUUGACCAGGGAGGGAUGGGCUUAUGUCAUAGGAGUGAAGCCUGUUUUAACAGAAUUAGGAAAUGGCAAAACCAUUUUGGAAGGAAGCGAUUAACAAUUGAUGGAUUUGAACUUUGAUGAACUGAAAAUAGUGAACCAAAUAUUCUCUGGUUUUGGAGACAUACUCCAGAGUGUGUCCUUGACUCUUGGUAAAUUAACUCAUGGGAAUGCCAAGACCUGCAAUGACAACAUCAUUUGUGAAGAACCCAUAUGUGAGUAUUUUACAAAUCGCGCUAUUGUGACUGAUGGUAUUUAACUGCACGACUACCAAACGAAUAGCAGAUACUGUUAAUACAGUUCAAUGGAGCAAUGGCCUUAAGCAAGUUCAAGACACCGACAAACCGCCUGCUUUGCUCGUCUACGCCACGGCCUCCAAGGGACAGCGGUUGCUUUUUACUAGACCAUAAAUAUCUGUCAGCACACAACUAUUGUAAGAUUCAUGAACCACGGUUCUUUUUUACCUGUGCGAUGGGAGCAACACUGUGGGAAACGAUUCAGGAAGCAGGAAAGGAAUCCCAGCUUUGACACAUCGUCUUAUUGACGUCUCCACUGCUCACUCAGCGGGCAACAUUUAAAUAUGCUGGUGUGUUUCCUACAAUCCCUCAAAAAUGACUGCCAGGUCAUUUUUUCAUUUUAUAUAAAUGAAAUCAGUCACCAUUUUGUGAUUUAGUCAACACUCACUUCAAUCUUCAUAGUAUGCAACAUAUAGCUUUUACCGGAUGCCUUUUAUCAUUCCUUUCUUAAAAUCAUUUUAAUACUCAAAACUGUAAGGCUGCGGCAUGAGAAUGAAAUUAGCCGUGAAGAUGCAGAGAAAUUAGAUGUACUGUUUGUACACAAUGUCACUCAGGAAAAAUGUUGUGAUACAUCGGGCAUUAUAUCUUAAAAAUCCGUUGAGGAGUGAGCAUCUGUUUUGUGGUCCAGCAUUGGGUCAGUAAAGAAUAUUCUGUGUAUAGAUCAACUUGGUAACUGAUGCAAUUACAAUGUCUCAAGCUUUCAUUGCAAAACCUGUUCUAACUAAAGCAAAUUAUGAAUUAUUUAUUAUUGAAAUAAUGUGUAGAUACUGUUUUUACAAACGUGACAGCAUCAUUUCUUGGUUUAUUUAUUUUUAAGUGGAAGCAAGAGACAACAGUUUAAAUCCUGUACAUCUUGAUAGUAUGAGGGAGAUGAAAAUGUGUGUUUUUAUGAAACCUUGGAAUAAAUGUACUAACUUUCUUAAGUGAAUUUGUUUUUCUACACUUUGGGGAUCUUUGGGGGGUCACAGAACCUAAUUCAUAUUUAUUGUUCAGUAACUGAAAACAAAUAGGGUUUUAAGAUCGUGCCUGUUACACAACUCACUGAAACAUUUCCCUAUUUGAUGAUAGUGAUUCAUUUAAUUUACAGGAAAGUAAUUCAUCAUUUCCUCAACAGGCAUGUGUGUGAUGGAUGAGCCUCUUUUCUGGCACGUAACCAUGGUAACCCUCUCCCAAAGUUACUUUGAGCUCCUUAAGGAAGCCUAUAAUGCGCUCUUUGGAGUGGCCUGAGAUGGCUUUUGAACUCAUCUAUAAUCCUUUAAUCCAAUCCACACUUUAGUAGCUUUUAUUUGCUGUAACAUAAAAUCAAAAUAGCUAUUUUGAUGUGCUCAAAAAAGUAGCAUUGAAGAUAUGAGCAUUCAAUUUUUUCUUUGUAAACCUUUCAUUUCCUGUUUUGAAGUUCUUCACUUCAACAGAAAGCUAGCAAGUUCAACUUUUUGACAUUAUUUCAGCAUUCUGGCUGACUUCCUCUUCUCGGGAGGGACACGGUGACUUGAGGUCAACUCUAAAAUAAAACCUCUCUAGACUUCAAUAAAGGAACGCAUUGUACUUUUAAUGCAUCUACGAGGACAAAGACGGUAAAGAACUAACCUCAUUCAGUUAGAACACAUAGGCUGGACCAGAUUUCACAAAUCCGGACUUCUGAGAAUGAGACAUCACACUGUGAAGCACAAAUACCAGCUGUGUGUCAGUUAACCUAUUUAAUAUAUGCUUCUAACAAACUGGAAGCUGAGCAAGGUCUUCCCUUUACUAGGGAAUUUGCUCAUGAAAAACUCACAGAAGGAAAACAUGUCGGGUAAAGUUAUUCACAAAAUAACAAUAAUUCGUUAUUCAACAAAAUAUACGCUUUUAUAAAAAAACAAUUCCCACAAAGGGAACGAGACAGUGUGGCUAGUUGACGUAAGAUUGGGAGAAGUUCUGAUUAAAAAAAGAACGAUGGAAGAAGAUUUGCUCUUUUUUUUCCUCCAUGACAGCUGAUGUGAGAGCGUCCAGCUGUUUCUUAAGUCAUAAGCCAAAAAGUGAAAGAUUACAGAGCCUGAGAACAAGGGUGUGAUUUAUAUUACAGACCUAUUGGCAUCUUUCUCAGGCUCUGAAUGAAGUGUUAUUAGACAGCCGGUCGGUCUAGCAUCUAAUGGACUGAUGCAUUUGCCAUUAAGAGACACUUUGACAGCCAUAAUUAAAAUAACAGAACUGCCCUUCAGAUUUAAUUGCAAGGAAACAGAAUUUAUUUAGACCAAUAUAAAUCUUCCUAAAGUUCCAUGUCAUGUGUUUUUUCUUGUUAUUAAUUUAAAUGCAUGUUUUACCUUUAAUGUACGGGGUCAUGUGCAGAGUUUGACAUUGAGGCUGUUUUCCCAGUUGUCUUAUUUAAGGGAGAAAAUGUCUUUAUGCUAACAUUGAAUCUCAGUUCAACACUUGUAUGUAUGAGCAUGAUUUAAUAAAAUAACAACUACUGUC